CAUUCCGUUAUGUGUCAAGUGAAAGAAACAUCUGUCUAUAUUUAAAAAAGAGAUGGUUAAACAUUGCAAUUAAAAACAAUGAGACACCAUGUACAAACAACUUUUUAUGUAAAUCAGGCUUAUAAUUUAAGUCUGAUAAGCCACAAUAUUAUGUACACUAUCAUGUUGUUACUUAUUGGACACUUGGGCAUAUAUGUUUUUCUUAGAAGUACCUUUGAGGGGUAAUACAAUAUGGUAAUCAUACUUGUACCAUGGUAUUAUCAUCUAGUCACAUCUGUACAUGAACAUGGCUGUACACAAUAAGGUGGAAUAAAGGCGGUGGAAUAAGGAGGAAUAAACAUACUUGGCAGAUGUGUGUCCAGAGACCAAACAAAAUCAAAUAAAUAGCCGGAUUUAUAAAUAGGGAAAUAGCCGAAGAAGAAACAAACUGAUAUAUUUUUCCUGUCUGUUGUCUAGUUGCCAAAGCAGAACACUUAGGAAUAAGUCGACACAAAAUCUGUUUUGUUCUGAAUUUCCAUUUAUUUCCCAUUUGAUAUAGUAAAACAAUAAACAAAAGCAUCCUGGGGCCACAUGUGAUAGUUUCUGAUGUUGGACUGAUGUUGUUUUUUUCUGGACCAUUUGGUUUGUAUGACAUUGUUCCUCUUUGGACGGUCCACACCUGCGUGCUCGGAAAACGUCCACCGGAAUGAGAUCAACAGAGGAGAGCCGCAUGACAAAACCACUUGUGCAAACAUCUGUGAAUGAAAUCUGGUUUUGCACGAGGCUCAUAUGUAGUUGAAAGAUGUAGAAAACACAUCUAGGAUGUUUUACUUCUGGCUCGGUAUUUGUUAGUAAGUCCUGUAACUGUUGAGCCACCGACCUUGAGACAUAUUUGACAAUAACAAUGCUGUCAAAUAUCGAUUUCAGUCACGAAUCAAGUUGAAAAUAUGUACAAGUAACACAAAAUGUGGGUGGAAGGUUUGGCAUGGUCCAGUUAACUCCUGCUGGUAGCUGUAACUGCACUAUUUUGAAAACAAGAAGCCAAACUUUUUUGCCUAUUAACAUGUAGUCAUGUACUCUGAUUUUCCAGGCAACAAAUGUCGUUUUUGAGUGAUGAAUAUCUGUUUGUUCUUCAGGGGCCCAAUGCUUCUCCUCAUUCUAAGAUGAAGUUAUGGAAGUUUGCUGCCAUUGGCCUGAUUCUCUGUGGUGCUGCGCUCUCCCUCCUCAUCUUUAAAGCCACACCCUCUUCCAGAGCCCCGCCCCCUCCUGCCCACCGCAGAGCUUCAUCCUCAUCGUUGUCAUCAUCGUCUUCAUCUACAUCCUCCAACUCCUCGUCCUCCAUUGGGAAAGGUGGACGACAGCGGAGGGUCAGAUCUGCUGAAAGUGGAAACUCUCUCAUCACAGAAUUCAUGGAAAUGUUCCAGACCUUCACAGAGGGUGAGCUGAAACAGAUUAUCGGGACCUUGGUGAAAAGAAAAGCCCGCAAAGAUGCCCUUCAGAGCAAAAGAACUAAACGAGCCAAGAAGCGCGGCAAACCCUGCUCUUUACGAGACGUGGAGGUGACGGUCAGUCAGCUGGGUCUGGGAUACAUCAGCGAUGAAACGAUAGUCUUCCAUUACUGCAGCGGAAAGUGCACCGCCAACCGCAGAAACUAUGACCUGACGCUGGCAUUCAUGAAACGCUCACGGCUGCUCACGAGGGAUCAGAGGGAGAAAGCUCGGCACAGCCCCUGCUGUCGGCCCAUCGCUUACGAGGAGGACAUCUCCUUCCUUGAUAACUUCAGUCGAUUCCACACAAUCCAUGAGUUUUCAGCCCAGGCAUGUGGAUGUGUAUGAGGAUCGUAACCUUUUAAGUGCCCAUUGAGGACAGGAAGAGACUGGCUAAAGUGUUUAUUUAUUCAAAACAUAUUUCAAGAUGGAAAAGACAAAGAACCACAGUGCUGCACAGGAAGAAUUCAACGCAUCCGUAAAUGUCUCUAAUUUGGGCUUAAAGGGAUAGUUCACAAAAACGUGAAAAUUCUGUCAAUAUUUAUUCACCCUCGUGUCAUUACAAACCUGGAUGAAUUUCUUCUGCGCAACACAAAAUAAGAUAUUUUGAACCAAACAACAUUGUCUCCCAUUGACUUUCAUUGUAUAGACACAAAAUCACAUUUCUCAAAAUAUCUUCUUUUGUGUUCCACAGAAGAAAGAGUCAUAUACAGGUUCGGAUUGACAUGAUGCUGAAUAAAUGAUGACUGGUGAAUUUUUCAUUUUGCUUGAACAAUCCCUGUAAAGCACUGAUUUGAGAUCUACUUCAUUGCCUUCAAGAGACAUAAACACAGAAUGAGGGUUGUCAGAUUCUACUUAAACAAUAUUCAAAAUAUAUUCAAAACAAUAUCUGUUAUAUUGUUGUUGCUAUUGAGACGCUGCUGUAUAUGUUGUUUAUAAUGCCUUCACAGGUCGACUUUCAAAUAGCUUGAAAUGUUGGGUGGAUGUUGUGUAAAUGUGUAAUGAUGAAAUAAUGCAGAACAUUUAUAUGGGCAUCGGUUAACAAAACAAAUGCACAAUCGCACAUCUAGACCAAAAGUAAACACAUCCUCAUUGUGAUGGGAAAAGAAGCAACUGGCCAGUAUAUUAAAAGGGUUCGCAUUUCAGAAACCAUCAGAUUCAUAUGAUUUUAUAUUCAGUCUCCAUAUUAAACAUCUACCUCAGUGCUGAUAGUCAACAUGAUUCCCAUGGUCCACAAGUUAAAAUUUAUAUUUGAAGAUAUUACUGAUGGGAUAGUGGACCCGUAAUGAAAAUUCUUUCAUUGUUUACUCAAUUCAAACCUGUAUGACUUACUUUUUUCUGCAAAACACAAAAGAAGAUAUUUUGAAGAAUGUUGGUAACCAAAGAACUGCGGUACCUAUUGACUUGCACUGGUUUUGUGUCUAUACAAUAGAAGUGAAUGGGUACCCCCAUUGUUCGGUGACCAACAUUCUUCAAAAUAUCUUCAUUUUUGUUCUGCAGAAAAAACAAAAGGCAUACAGGCUUGCAAUGACAUGAGGGUAAAUAAAUGGGUGAACUAUCCCUUUAAUUCAAACAUCAUCAUAGGAAUGCAAAUAGAAUUUCUAUUAAAUGAUAAUAUUAUAUAAUUAAGAUGCAUACACUGAAUAACUUGGAAUCAUUGCUUCCAAAUAAUGAUGAUAACAUCUGUUCAGCAUUCCUUUAUGUUUUUUGGAUAUAUAUCACUGUAUUUUGAAGCAAUACUGCAAUGUCUCCACAUCUUUACAAUAUUUCUCAUUUAUGUUUUCGACAUUUGUCUGAUGUCUGCAUUUUGCUUUGCCAAACGAACUCUAAAUAAUAGUUAAGGCUCAUUGUCACAUGGCUUUCAUGCCUACAGAUCUUCACCCUCAGUCAUUUCUCCAUUUCUCACAGUAAACAGCACAACAGAGGAAAAGUAAUGCACAAUGCUGAAUGUUCGCAUAGAGCAAUACUCCCAAAACAAAACUUCUAUUUUACGCUAAUGUAUCUUUGGCUCUUCUGUAUUGGCGUUUAAGGGAAACCUCUCAGCAGAAUCAGAUGUAUUUUGAGCGCUGUGUCAGAAAAUCCAUGCCUGAGGUCUUUCCCUAGUUAACCCGACCAAAUCCACUUCAUCCUAUAAUAGAUGAGUCUAAUCCACUUAGCUCCUGUCUAGCGUUGGACAAAAAUACUAAGGAACUAAAGUGGAAAGAAUACGCACCUGCAAAAAUACCAAAUGAGGCUAGAGUCUUUAAAUGAGGUUGUGUUCUGAUUUUGGCCCUUCAUUAAACUGAAAUACUCUCCAGUAAUCAGGUAGUAAAUACAGAUACUAGAUCAGACGAAUUCCAUGUUUCACACUCCAAUACAUAAUAAACCCAUACGCUUCAUGCAACAAUUGCAAAUGUGAUAAAGGUGGCCGAUUCUGUUUUCUCUGAGAUAUAAUUAGAAAAACAUCUAUUGAUGGACCAAUGCAUCUAAAUGAGAGUUAACGCAAGUAGUUUCCUUGCACUCAGGAAACAGAUGAGUGGCCUUUUAAGCCCGAUAUAAAUCUGAUCAGUUCAUUAGAGUAAUUACAGUCGAGAAGUUAAGCCCUAACUGCACCGGGCCUUAAAACUUUACACAGCAUGUGCUUAAAAAACUCUUUGUGCUACUGUAACAAACGUUCUUUCAAAAUUGCAUUGAUUCAUUUUAUGUUUAUGUAUAUAUUUAGUUUUUCAUAUAGACAAAUAUAUAUGUAUAUAUAAAACUCAAGCAAAGGUUUAUGCAGUUCACUAAUGUAGAUUGACUUGUGCAUGUAUAUGGUUGUAAGAUUCGCAUGCCGGGAAUAUAAAAAGUCCAGAUCUAAUACCCUCUAUCCACAUUCAUAAUCUAAUACCAUAUGCGUUCAAAAGGAAAUAACUGGAAUCAGACAGGAGAGAGAUUAAAUUUACUUCUUAACUUUCUUUAGCGUAACUGCUGUCUGCCCAUCCACAUGGCCUGUUGAUCCAGUGCGCACACACGCACAGACACACAGCCUUUCAGUUCAAGGAUUGUUGGACCCUGAUGACCAACUGCAAUAAACAUUGAUGCAAUGCAUCUAUAUAACAUUUAUAACAUAUGUAUAUUUAUUAAAGUCUAAGUUAUGGUUUGUUAAUUUAUUUAGAUGUAGCAUCACGGACGUAUUCAGAGCAUAUUAUUAUUUAUAGAUUUUUUGUGUUUCUGGUGCCAAA